AUGCCGGGGGCAAUGUCACCUGCCGGUAUCCUGCUGAUGGAGGACACCCUCAACAAGAUGAUUUAUAAGGACGGUUCAAAAGGUCUGCGUCGAGACAAGGAGAGGGGACUGCUGCCGCGCGGCUCACACUCGUGCUUUGGGGACUUCCCUCCUGAUCUGCUUCCAGAAAGGCCUCUCAGACGAUGCCAGAGUGCUCCGCGGGUGCGGCCACCGCCAAGCUUCGAGACCACCCAGGUCGCGCAGCAAAGACCGGACGUUACGGCCCGGCCAAAGUCGGCGGGAGCUCUGGGCGUGACUGGAUCGCGCGCCAAGCUUCAGCUUCCGGCCACACGUGGCAUGCGGAGGCCCUGUUCUGCCACGACUCUGCGAUCAGUCGACCCUGGGCCUCCACGUGCUGGUGCCACCAGGCGGAAGCCCAUCAAGCCGUCAAUGUUGCGUGUUUUCUACGAGAGAGGGGAUCUGCCAGUUCAGAUCUUCCAUGGCUCCAUAGGCCGACUGCUGUGGAAGGUGGAUGUUGAAAAACUCGACUACCACCACUACCUGCCGAUAUUCUUCGAUGGGCUGCGCGAGAAAGAGGAUCCCUUCAGGUUCAUGGCCGUCACUGGAGCCUAUGACAUGCUCGAGAAGGGAGGUGAUCGUAUCCUUCCGGUGGUGCCUCAGCUCGUCAUCCCUCUCAAAAGUGCGCUCAAUACACGUGACACCCAAAUCAUGUGCACAACCAUGAAGCUCAUGCAGAAGCUGGUUCUGAGUGGCGACAUGAUUGGAGAGGCAUUGGUGCCCUACUACCGGCAGUUGCUGCCCGUGUUCUCGCUCUUCAAGGGCAAGAACAUUCCGACGAAGGACAUGGGAGACUACAUGGAUUACAGCCAGCGCAAGAAUCUGAACCUAGGAGAUCUGAUCUCAGAAACCCUUCAGAUCUUGGAGGAGCAUGGAGGUGAAGAUGCCUUCAUCAACAUCAAGUACAUGGUUCCCACUUACGAGAGUGCCGUUCUUUGUGGAGCGAGCGAUGGCAAGUACUGGGUGGAGCUGACACCGGGGGAUCGCUUGUCCUAUGGCGCGCUGAUUCUGGAGCUGGAGCUUGUUGGAGAUCGGCUGUGCUACGAGAAGCUGACGGGCCACGGCCCCAAGAAAGGCUGGAUCAGUACGAAGCUGAAAGACAAGAAGCUGGCAAUCCGUGCUCAAGAUGCCAAGAUAUCACAACAGGGAGAAGUCGAAGGUGAGGUGCGGAUUUGGGCACUGUCAGACAUACACACGGACAAGGCGGAGAACCUGAAAUGGAUAGAGGGACUGUCACCAGCUGAGUUUCGCAAUGAUAUCUUGAUUUUGGCGGGCGACGUUGCGAACACGUUCGAAGCAUUGAAGCAUUCUGUGCUUCUUCUGAGGGAGAGGUUUGGGCGCGUCUUCUUCUGUCCCGGUAAUCAUGACCUUUGGAUGCAGGGUUGGAAGAAUGGCGAUUCCAUGGACAAGCUACAUGCGAUUAUCGAUUUCUGCAAGUUGCACGACGUGGAGACCUCGCCCGGGAUUGUGGAUACAGGAGCAAAACGGGUCCUCGUCGUGCCUUUGCUGUCUUGGCACCACCCUCAGUGGGAUACCGAGCCCGAGCUGCUCGAGUGGUCCAAUGUGCCGACAGCUGGAAAGACAGUUGCAGACUACUGGGCUACGAAAUGGCCGCAGCCUUUAAAUACGGAGGACGGCUCCGUUGCUCGGGCAAUGGACGAGUUGAACGACAAAUCCGCAGGCUAUGCGGAUGCACUGGCCCGGAAAGACGAGUUUGACGCCGUCAUCUCGUUUUCACAUUUUGUGCCGCGGUUGGAGCUUGUCCCGGAGAAGAGAUACUUGAUUCCCGCCUGCCUCUCCAAAGCUGUGGGCUCUUCGUACCUUCAAGAACGUGUGACAAGACUGAAGCCUCAUGUUCAUGUUUUCGGACAUACCCACUUCGGCUAUGACAUGGAAAUCGACGGGAUCCGCUAUUUGCAGGCGGCGUUGGCCACUCCACAGGAACGGGCGUUCGGCGGCUCCAUCGUUUCCCUGGGACGUUUCCCUGUCAUCGAGGCCAAGCCAUGUAAGGUCUGGGAUUCAGAUCAGGGCUGGCCGGAGAUAUAUCGGAGCUCAUGGUGUGAAUAUUAUCGCAGGUAUGGGCGUCAAGCGCACGUUACCUCGAUUGUCCCGUCGGUGUGCUGCAACUUCUACAGCCCCACAGCCGCGAGCAAGUCAGGAUGGAUUGCUGGGCGCAUGCCGAUAUGGCUAUUUGGGCCAUUGCAGCAUAGGCUCUACGAGGUUGGCCAUAUGCGGUACCGGCAGGUCACAUACGUGGCUGAAGGGUCAUAG